AUGGAGAAUCAGCCGCCCCUCACAUCACCGGAUGGAUCCAGUAACGGGAUCCCACCAGAGAGAUGUCCCUGUCCUCUGGAUUCCGGCGAUUCUACACAAGAAGGUCGCAGCGUCCCACUGCAUGGCCAGAUUGAUGAUCUGGUUGUGGUUAAAGUGGAGGUCAUGGACGCUGACGUUGAAGAAGAAACAUAUGUGAUGGAGGAGCAACUGUUUUUGGAGGAGGAAAGUUCUCCAGAUACAGUUGAAGACGGUCAAAAGGUCAAGAGAACCUCGGAGGGAAGAGUCAGGUUUCAUCCAGAUUGUGAUCCAGACGAUAAAAGUACACAACAUUCUUCAGGAGAAAAUACCUUAAAUACACAUCCGGGAUUUUUGACCCGGCCAUCUAAACCCUUCAACCCUGAGGGAUCUUUUCCUGAUCAGUCACGGACAUUUGCCCCAACUAUCUAUCCGAGACUUCAGAAUACGAACAGGUUGCUACACUCUUCUAAUUCCAAAAAACCUUCUAAAGAUACAUCUGAUAAAGGUCGACCUCACGAGGCUGGUAAGAACGAUCCGUGUUCUGAGUGCAGCAAAUGUUUUACCGAGAACUCCUCUCAACAUGCUGAGGAGAAGCGGUACCAAUGCCUCGAGUGCGGCAAACGGUUCUUCUUCAAGUCGGACCUCACCGUGCAUCAGAGAGUUCACACCGGUGAGGAACCCUAUCCCUGCUUCGAGUGCGGCAAAAGUUUUUCACACAGGACGACUUUGGUCUGCCACCAGCGAAUGCACCGAGGAGAAAAACCAUUCUUGUGCUCAGAUUGCGGGAAGUGCUUCACGCGGAAGUCUUGCCUUCUGCAGCACGAGAGAAUCCACACCGGAGUCAAGCCGUACGCCUGCUCGGAGUGCGGGAAAAGCUUCAACCAAAAAUCAUCUCUGAUUAGUCACCAGAGAGGCCACAGGGGCGAGAAGCCAUUCACGUGCUCCGUGUGCGGGAAGUCUUUCACACGGAGUUCCAGCCUUGUGGUCCAUCACCGGUUUCACACCGGGGAGCGCCCCUACACCUGCCUGAAGUGCGGAAAGUGUUUCUCUCAGAAAGCGAACUUUGUCAAACAUCAGAAGAUCCACGCGCGUUGAUUUUGUCGUAGAUAAAAACACAUAUACAGGACAUUUCAUCAACAAGCCAGUUGAGUGCUUCCCGAGUACCCGAAAUACAUCUUUGAAGGCAAAGUGAACAUUGAUAAUGGGCUCAUAUUGUAAGUGAUGGGUGGGAGGUGAGGGUACCUAUGUAGGCUUAAAGGAGGCAGGGCAUCAAUAGUUUGCUAAUAUUCAACAGUAUUCCACAAAUAUAGUGGGGGGGGGGGGGGGUUAGUGAGUAGCACGAAAAGUGUUGACAUCCUUCAUAUAGGACAACGGGGCGCUUUACAAAACCUUCCAAUGGAAAAAUAGUUCCUGUUCUUCCCACUGUGUGGGUACUAGCCUGGAGGAUGAAUAUGUGAAUGUGGCCAACUGACUUGGGCAUGAAAGAACAAGAUAAUGGGAAAGUGAUAGAGGAUAGUGUCUUGGGGAAGUUCCUGAUCUGUAGACCAAGAUGCAUUUAAUAAAGGUAAAGGGUUUUCCGCACUCCA